UAGCUGUUCCAGUGGAGUUGGAAUUGAAGAUGGACGCGCAGUUUGAUCUUAAAAACUGUUGAAAUCGCUGGGGCGGAGAUCCGGAUGGCUUUAGAUUCCGAUGGGAGCGGUUUGGUUUGAAACCCGUCUCUGUGUGGCCCAGACGGGCGGAGCCGGACUGGAUCAUACGGGGUCACAGUAUGAGACUCUGCUCGGGGAAACUUCUGGAAGACGGCCGCGGACGGUUUCCGGUGUGAUGAAGAUGAAGGCGGCGGGGAUCUGGAGCUGCUUCCUGCUGUUGCUCAGCGGAGGCUCCGCCUCCCAGCAAACUGAGCAGUUUUCCUCCUAUCAGCUGACGAUCCCACGGCCAAUCGGAAGCAUCCAGAAGCGGGAUGCAGACGGUUUACCACCCGCUCAGGUCUCUUAUGUCAUCAGUGUGGAUGGACGUGAACACAUCAUUCAUCUGGAAAGAAAUGAGGUGCUGCUUCCUGCAGACUUCGCUGUGUUCAGCUACAGUCAGUACGGGUCUUUGAUCACAGCCCGACCACCUGUGCAGAAACACUGUCAUUAUCGGGGCUUCGUUCAGGACAUGGAGGGUUCGUCUGUCGCUCUGAGUGUCUGUAACGGCCUCAGAGGAGUGCUGCAUCUCCAUGACAACAGUUAUGGGAUUGAGCCGUUAGAGUCCGUCCCUGACCAUCACAUUGUGUACCGACUGCAGGAUGUGAGGUCACAGCUCCGUGGGUGUGGCACACCACACUCUUACCCCAGCAAUGCCACGGAGCACACUCACUUUGAGCCAGAGGAGAUCGAGCACAGACGGCACGGCAGGGUGAAGCGAGCCGUUCUCCAUCAGAUGCACUAUGUGGAGCUCCUACUGGUGGUCGACAAUGAACGGUUUAAUUUUCUGAACCGUAACCACACGGCGGUCACAGAGGAGAUGGUUCAUCUGGCCAACUACAUCGACAGCAUCUACGUGCAGCUCAACGUGCGGGUGGUCCUGGUCGGUCUGGAGAUCUGGACUCUGCAGAACCCGAUCAGCACCGAGGGAGCUGCGGGAGAAGUGCUGAGUCGCUUCACCCAGUGGAGAGAGGAGGAGCUGCUUCCUCGCCGCCGCCAUGACUCAGCACAACUCAUCCUGAAGAAGAACUUUGGUGCGACGGCAGGAAUGGCGUUCGUCUCCAGUGUCUGCUCCAGAAGCCAUGGAGGCGGGAUUAACACGUUCACCAAUCAGAAUGUUGCGGCGUUUGCGUCCAUCGUGGCACACGAACUCGGACACAACUUGGGGAUGAACCAUGACGACAGGCGGACCUGCAGCUGCCCCGUGUCCGAGUGCAUCAUGAACUCUGGAGCUACUGGUUCCAGAAACUUCAGCAGCUGCAGCGCUGAUGAUUUUGAGAAGAUGAUCCUGUUGACGGGGGGGACAUGUCUCCUGAAUGUCCCGCGGCCCGAUGAAGCCUACAGUGCCCCCUACUGUGGAAACAGGCUGGUGGAUGUGGGAGAGGAUUGUGACUGUGGCUCCCAGGAGGAAUGUGAGGACGACCUGUGCUGCGAGUUCCACACAUGCAAACUGAAGCCUGGCGCCCAGUGCGCCUACGGCGAAUGCUGUUACAAGUGUCAGUUCCUGCCUGGAGGAACCGUGUGCCGGUACAGCAACAACGAGUGUGAUCUGCCAGAGUACUGUAACGGCUCCUCGGCGCUGUGUCAGAACGACGUCUUCAUCCAGAACGGACAUCCAUGCAGACAACAACAGGCAUACUGCUACGACGGGAAGUGCCAGCACUACGACGGACAGUGUCAGGCCAUCUUUGGACCCAAGGCAAAGGCGGCACCCGACAUUUGUUUCAAAGACGUCAACAGUAAAGGUGACCGCUUCGGCAACUGUGGCUACCAGAACUAUGGCUACAAGAAGUGUGAGAGCAGAAAUGCUCUUUGCGGGAAGCUGCAGUGCACCAACGUUCAGCACACGACGGUCUUUGGAAUCAAGCCGUCGGUCAUCGAGACGCCGAUCCUGGGACAGGCCACCAGCUGCUACGGCGUGGACUUCAUGCUGGGCUCAGACGUCCCUGACCCCGGCAUGGUGACAGAGGGCACAAAGUGUGGGGACAACAAGGUUUGCAUUAACUUUGAGUGUCGCAGCGCCGACGUCCUGAACUACGACUGUGACGUGGAAAACAAAUGUCAUGGACAUGGGCUUUGUAACAGUAACAAAAACUGCCACUGUGACGACAGCUGGGCUCCGCCUUUCUGUGAAGCUAAAGGUUACGGCGGCAGUGUGGACAGCGGCCCCACAUGGAAUGAUAAGGACACAUCUGUCAGGGACGGCCUCCUGGUUUUCUUCUUCCUGGUUGUUCCUCUGCUGGCUUUGGGUGCAUUCGUUUUCCUGCAAAGGAACCAGCUGCUGCGUUGCCUUGGGCUGAGCCGCAGGAAGAGGUCUCAGGAUUACCAAGUUGACGGUGCAGCUUCAGCCAAUCACAGCAGAGGACUGCCUCCUCGGGUACUGCGUCACUCUGUUGCUCGUGGCAACACUAAAAACAUUGUCACAGAUGGGGUGAGUUUCCCCGCCUCCACCCUCAAACAGAUGAGGGUUACCAUGGUAACACUAAUGCCACGAGGACACUGAGACACAUCGUGCUCGUCGUUGAGGAGCACAAUUGUGUUGCUAUGGUGACAGCUCAUCUGUUGUUUUCUGUUUCACAACACGCUGACGGCUGAAAUCUUUUCAAGUUAAUUUUGAGAUGAACCACUUUUAUUCAUAGCUGACAGUGUUUUUACAUUUACUUUGUCCUGUUGUAGAUUUAUUUUCC